AUGCAGCUAAAUUCUGUCAUCAUAGAAGUCAUUUGCAUAAUCGGAAGUCGACGCGAAUCUGCAGGAUUCUUUUGGGCAGGAUCCCCUGACAUGGGAGUGGCCAUCAAUUUCACAGCCGUGGUGACGCUACUUUUGGGGUGCAGUAACAGCUCUGUGACUGGAAGCACCAUGUUGGACAACCUGCAGGCUGACGAGGGCGGCCUUGAAAAUGCCUUGGGUAUCAAUCUUCCAGUCUGCUAUCUCGACAACAUCAUCGACCACUAUUUCGAUACCUAUUGGAGAUGGGAGGAUACUGUCGUCAAGGAUGCACUCAACCUUGGCUGUGGAUCAAUUCCUAACAAUAUCAAGCACUGA